UGUGGGGCCGUCGGGUUCUGCCCGGCGGCAGUCGGCGUCUCUGCACGCCAUGGUGGUGGUGGGGAGUGCGGGAGGUUUCUCCACGCUGACACGGAAGAACGGCAUCAAGGUGGGCGCCGGUUCUCCGUGCAGCGUGGAGGACGUGUGUCUGGCUGUGGGGGAGGUUGUUGGACAUGGGUCCAUUAAGUCGGCAGCUCGCAUGAGUGGAGCUGUCGUCUUAUUUGUGGAGAAAGUGGAGCAGGCUCAGCGGCUGGUGGAAGCAGGCAUCUCUGUCAAUGGGUUGUUUCUGCAAGUUUCCCCAUUGACACUGCCUGCAACCAGAGUCACUCUGUCGAGCGUCCCUCCGUUCAUCAGUGACGAGUUCCUGAUCAAAGAACUGUCCCGACACGGAGGGACACGUAAUUAAAGUGUGCCCUGAUGGGGCCGGGAGGAGGCCCGCUGCUGCUGAGCAGAUGGGGCCUCCGCCUAGUGUGGCUGCUGCUGCUGCGGUGGAGGAGCCCGCCGCUGCUGCGGUGGAGGAGCCCGCCGCUGCUGCGGUGGAGGAGGCCCGCCGCUGCUGCGGUGGAGGGGCCCGCUGCUGCUGCUGCGGCGGGGGUUGCCGCGGUGGUGUCGGAGGGACGUGCGGCGGCUGCGGAGGAGCCUAUGGUGGAGGAGCCUGCUCCAGGUAUUGUUGAGGCGUCAGUCAUGAAAACUGUGAAAUCUGUUAAGAUGAUUGUGUGUGUGAGGAAGGAUGGGAGCACGGUGCUGAGUGGUGAUGGGGUGAAUGGUGGUGAGGCUGAGAGCGCAGGUGGGGAGAGAGACGGUGUGCAGGGAGAGCAGGAGGAGGUGAAGGGUGAUGAGGGCUAUUUGGCGUGUGGAGUUCAGGGAGAGAAAGGUGAGGUGGAGGUUAGAGGACAGGUUGAAAGAUCGACUGAAAACAGUGUGGAGUUGUUUUGUGGAGGUGGCGUGGAGGGAGAGAGGGGUGAAGCAGAGGAGGUGAUGGAGCUGGAGGCUUCAGCACCUAAAAGAAAAAGUAAGAGGAAGAAUGUGGUGGCUGCUGCACAAGCCAGCAAGCUGGCCAGCAAACAGGCCAGCCAGCAGGCUGCAGAGAAGGAGGAAGAGUCAGACAGCAGCGAUGCUGAGAGCUGGGUCUCUGACACCAGUGAGCUCUCUCUGUCACAGUCCAGCGAUAAGGAGCCUUUAUACCCUGCAGAGUCUUUUAGAGAUUUUUUAGUAAAUACAAAAGGUUUUAAGGGAUUAAAAAUAGAGGCAUAUUUUCCUUAUUUAAGAUUAUUUUAUUCAUCUGCAAGACAUCACAUCAGCAACAAGGGGUCAUCAGGUUUAACUGAUAGACAGAUCUUUAGAUUAAGGAAAAUAAUGUCCAAAGUCAGAAAACAGCUUUAAUGAUGCACAACAGCUUUUUAUUACUUUUUAUAGUUUUUUGGUGUGUUUUUUUAGCUUCUUACCCAUUAUGGAUUCUUUUAAAAUAGCAUCUUUGAAUCUUAACGGGGCGAGGGAGGCUGAAAAACGUGCUUUAAUUUAUCAAACCUUAAAACAAAAAAGAAUCGAUGUUGUGUUUUUACAAGAAACCCAUAGUGAUAUUUUAACUGAAGCAGACUGGAGUAGAGAGUGGAGGGGGGAGGUCAUCUUAAGCCACGGCACCUCCCAGAGUGCUGGGGUGGGGAUCCUUUUCUCCAGAACAUUCACCCCACUAUCUACAGAAGUUGAGCACGUCAUUCAGGGGAGGUGUCUUUUAGUCAAAGCAAAGUUUGAUCUUUUUAGCAUCGUUUUUAUCAAUAUUUAUUCACCUAUCACCAAUGCAGAGAAAAAGCGUUUUUUUGAAAAAAUUGGGGGAAAGUUGGGUGAUUGUGGGUGUGAUGAUUAUGUUUUUUUAGGCGGGGAUUUUAACUGUACCGAAAAUGAGCUUUUAGACCGCAAUCAUCCAGAGCCGCAUCCAGCGGCCCAACACGCUCUGCGGCAGCUGGUCUUGUCUCACAGCCUGGUGGAUGUAUGGAGGAGGAUGCACGCUGGCUCCAGGCAGUACACAUGGUCCCACAUCAAUGAAAACAGAAUCUCUUUAGCUCGGCUUGAUCGUAUUUAUUGUUUUAAACACCAUUUUAACGUGUUUAAGGCAUGCCAGAUUUUACCGGUGGCUUUUACGGAUCACUCGUUGCUUUUAGGUAGUGUUUUUAUUAGAAACAUUUUACCGAGAAGCGCUUACUGGCAUUUUAACUCUGCUUUAACUCACGAUCGAGGUUUUAAGGAGACUUUAAGUUAUUUUUGGACUGGUUUUAGACGGAGAAAGUCAGAUUUUACCUCUCUUAGACAGUGGUGGGACUAUGGGAAAGUUCAGAUAAAACUGCUGAGUCAACAGCAUACUCUCAACGUCACUCGUGACAUUACCAGAUCUAUCAGAGAUCUGGAGAUGAACAUCGUGGACUUAGAGCAACUCAGCGGAUCCACAGGAAAUCGAGAGCACAUUGAAGCUCUCAAAACUAAACAGCUAGCGUUAGCCAACCUGCUGGAGUCAAAAGUCCAAGGCG